AUGGGACUGAGAUCCCCGCUCCCGCUCGUGCUCCUGCUCCUCCUCGCCGCCGCCUUCCGACCCGGCGCGGCCGCCUUCGCCCCUCCCACAGGCAGCAUCGUGAAGCAGCUGUCGUCGGUCGUCAGGUGGCCGCGGGCUGCCCCCUCGUCGCACGGGCCCAAGCUGCCCGGCCACCCCCAGUACGCCGAUGGCCACGUGGGGGUAGCGCUGCAGUUUGAGAGCGGCUACUUUGUAGAGACACUUGUUGAGGGUGACAAGCUUGGUGUCACGCCACACACCAUAAGAGUGUCUCCUGUUGAGGGCGGGGAGCUCCUUGCAGUCGACUCGGCACAUAGCAACAUUGUGCGGAUAACCCCACCACUUUCUGAGUAUAGCAGGGGAAGACUGGUCGCUGGUUCUUUCCAGGGUCAUUCUGGUCAUAUAGAUGGUAAACCAAGUGAUGCCCGAUUCAAGCGCCCCACAGGCGUUGCCGUGGAUGAUAUGGGCAAUGUUUAUGUUGCUGAUACAGCAAACUUGGCGAUUCGAAAGAUUGGAGAAUCAGGAGUGACCACCAUUGCGGGUGGGAAAUCAAAUAUCCCAGGCUACAGGGAUGGCCCCAGUGAAGAUGCAAAGUUCUCUACAGAUUUUGACGUGGUGUAUGUGAAGAAAAUGUGUUCUCUUCUGGUUAUUGACCGUGGAAAUGCAGCCCUUAGGAAGAUUUCUCUUCCACAAGAAGACUGUACUUACCAGGAUUCUGCACUCCUAUCUUCAGAUCUCAUAUUGGUCAUUGGUGCUGUUGUGGCUGGAUAUAUCUUUUCUGGUUUCCAACAUGGGUUUGGAUUCUCAGGCUCCGAGAAGGUAGAUGCACCUGAAAACGAGCAGCAUGAGAGUAGCACAAUUGGGAAGCCACCUCUGGUUGUGGAGAGCCUGAAAGAGGAACCAGGAGCUGGAUGGCCAUCCCUGGGGACGCUUGUUGCUGAUCUCCUGAAACUUGCUAUUGAGGGAGUGGGGAAACUGCUUCUCAGUGUCAUCCCUCAACGCAUGCAACAAGGGAAGAGGAAAACAGAUCUCACUCCGCUCAGGGACAGGCUGGUGAUGCCCGAGGACAGAGAGGAGACUCCAGCAGCGCAGAAGCUCAGCAGCACGCCAAUGAGGCCCGAGACAGUUCACGCUCCUAAUGCUGUAACUGAGACAGCAGCAAAGGCCCAGAAGAGCAUCAAGUCAUCCAAGUUCAGGGAUUCGACCCUGUCAAGCAAGCACAGGUCCUCUAAGAGGCAGGAAUACGAAGACUUCUAUGGCACCUCUGAGCCCGCCCCCGUAGGUGCCAAGGUCCCAAAGGACAGGCUCCGCCACCGUCUUCACCACCGUGAGAAGAGCGGGGAGGUCGCCUACGGGGCCGCCGCCCAUCCUGAGCUGAAGCCCGCGGAAGUGAAGCCUGCUGAUUACAGUGAUCCGAAGUACGAUCCCUACAUGAGGAGCAAAUAUGCUGCCGAGAGUGGCGGCUACAGGAGUAGGUUGAUGGAUGCAUUGUCGCUUGGGCUAAGCUCCAGUGCUCAAGUGAAGUCAAGCGGGUUGGUGGCAUGGCAGGGCGGCGCGACGCGAAUUGGCUGCACCUCGGCAUGUGCCUCUGGCAACGCUCGGAUGCAAUUGGUGAUGAUGAUCAAGAUGCAAGAAGACAACGAUUCUUUGCAGAUGAUAUUGGAUGAUGAUGAUGAUGAGUUGAUGGAAGAGCUAAUGAAUGAUGACGAGGAUGAUGAGUUUCUCCAUGGUCAAACUUUGAGAGGCUUCCAACUAAGGGUUGGUGAUGAUGAUCAAGAUGCAAGAAGACAACAGUUGCUGCAGAUGAUAUUGGAUGAUGAUGAUGAUGAUGAGUUGAUGGAAGAGCUAAUGAAUGAUGACGAGAAUGAUGAGUUUCUCCAUGGUAUGUACCAGUUUGCUGUGCACAUUGACAAUUUUGUGUGA